GAUUUAGCUGAUAGACUCGGUACCAAUUCCAAAUGCGUGAAUCGUGUGGCCAUACAAGAAAAUAUUUCAAUCCAGACUUUUACAAUUUCACCACCACUAUUUUUUACUUCAAAGGGACCGGCAUAGUCCAGUCCCGUGUUUUGAAACGGCUUUGAACGCAAAAUUCUUUCUUUUGGGAGAUCUGGCAUUUUUGGAAUUGAGUAUGGCAAUAAUUUCGCUCUUUUACAAUGUAAGCAUCGAUUUAUUAUCUUCUUUAUUAAUUGCCGUCCGCUUGGUACCCAAAACAUUUGUCUCAAUUCAAUUAAACUUUGAUUUAUUCCACUAUGUAAUGUGCGCAAAUGGGCUUCUAACGCAAUUUUUUCUACCAGUGGGGCUUCUUUGGAAAUAAAAAUAGGCGUUGGUGUGUUUAAGUCCCCUAAACGCCCUGGGCAAGUCCAUAUAU